CCUGUGUACGGUUGCCAAGCGACGGCGUCCGCACCCACGGCCUGAGGCGGCGGCGCGGCCCGGGCCGGGUCUGACGGCAGAGACCGAGGGAGGAAACUGGGGGCGCGGGGGGACCCGGGCGGACGCAGGGAGUCCAGGAGAGCGGCCAUGUCCGUCCCCUUCUCCACCACCAGCGUGAGGGUGCCCGCCGGCUUCCAGAACCUGCUGGAGGGGCUGGUGCGGGAAGUGCUGCGGGAGCAGCCCGGAGACGUGGUGGCCUUUGCAGCUCAGUACUUCCAAAGGCUGCUGGAGCAGAGAGAGGCCGGCGCCGUUGAUCCGGUGGCAUGGGGAGCCCUGUUGGAGGACCACCGCCUCACCUGGCCCCCUUCCCAGGAACCGAAGGAGGCCAAGGACACGGGGGCAGCACCAGGGGGAGCAGAGAGCACCCAGGGCACCGACACGCCGUGAUUCCACCCCAAAAUGCAGAGAGAGACGCCCAGGGGGUGCACGUUCCCAUAACCCUCAUGAACCAGGACACCUCCCCAGGGACACGACCCUAGUGCUUGCCCCAAAUCUCCCAUUUCCUACCAUCCGACUCCAAAACAAAAAAAAACUCCUCAAUCCCACCCUGGCUCCUGCCUUUCUCCUGGGGGCUCCCAUCCCACCCCUGUGGCGCUGUUUUAAUGAGGACUUUUAUUAAUGAGGUCCUGACCGUUAUUAGCGCUGCUCACCUGAGAUUUCUCCCCGAAAACUCCCGGGUUUGGGGCUGAGCUGAGCACAGGUUGGUAUUUUUAGCCUCUAUAUUUAGGCCCCUGCAUCCCUGGAGGUUGGAAGAAACUUAAUAACAUCCCGGCGUGAAGAAA